AUGAUGAAGGCCCCAUUCUUUGUGGAAUGGCUCUCCCGAAGCAGCAAGAAGCCCUCACACCUUGGCCAAGGUGACUCUGAGGCUUCCAUAGAAGGGGGAGGCCGAGGCACCCCAGGUCUUCUGUUUUUGGGGCCUCCUGAUACCUCAGGGUCAGAUGGCCCUUCUACAAGUUCCUGGCCCCUGGCACUACCCACUGCCACCAUCAAAGGGUCUUCUUCAGUCAAAUCCAGGUCUCUAAGCGAGGAGGCUUCCCCUGAGGUCAGCAGGGUCAGCUGCGGGCUACCAGAGGGCCCAGGCCCGGAACCCCAUGGCGGAGGGCCCUGCCACCUUCCCACAGAUUUCACAACCAAACAAAUCAGCACUCUGCAGAGCUCCUUCAAACGCCACUACUAUCUGGGCACUGCCAAGAAGUGCAAACUGGCAGGCAAGAUGGGACUAUCUAAAGUUCAGAUAAAAACCUGGUUCCAGAAUUGCCACAUGAAACUGAAGCGCCAGCUCUUUUCUAAGACAGUCCUUCAAAUACUUUAA